AUGUGUCUGAUUGAAACAUCUCCGGCAGCACCGGAGGAUUUCGAUGAAAAUACGAAAGAGAGGGUUGCUUUAAAAUGUUUGGAGAAGUUAUUUAGUCCUGAAAACAGUCUUGGAAACGUCGUUCCUCCUGUUUCAAGAGCCACUUUUACUCCUUCGCUGAGCUGUGAUGCUGUUCUCAACCAAAUAAUGCAAGUGGUUCCAUUUCAAAAUCUAAAAAGACCUGCACCCAAGCUUUCGAAAUGGGAUGGCCAGUCCUUUAUUAAGCAUAAGAGAGACACCCUACCACAAUGUUCAUUAGAAAAGUUGAAAGAUUAUAUUUUCUGGGACGAUCCUGUUUCUCGUUGUGAUGAAAAUGGCCCUCCAUCACUGUCUGAUGGCGAUGAUAAAAAGGGUAACCAAGAGGGUAACUUGACUCCUCGAAUUAAUGAAAAUUAUAAUGAAUUGUUGCUUGGAAAAGAUUUAUUGCCCUCUAAGAGGUGUAGAGAUGACUUGGUUGCUGAAAAUCCAAUGGGAGUAGUCGGUUAUCCUCAAUUGAAUGCUAAAAGGUCCAAGCAGGAUGCUACUCCCUCUUGUACUAUUCAGUCGGUUGAGGAGCUUCCGAUUCACUUGUGUGCUGGUUCUGAACGGUUGGAAGAUGAAUCUCAAAGGAUUAUGAAAGUUACUGAAAUAGAAGGUAAUAACUUGAGGAAAGAUUCUCAGAUAGGUGAGGGUGAUAAAGAUUUAUGUGUUGCCUCAAGGACCCAUGGGUCAGUUGAUGCUGUUGGUCGUGUAGAACUGCUGGACAAUCAGAUGGAAAACGUUCAAAAUGACAAUGCUGAUGUGAUGGUCGAGCACAAGCAUGAAGAUAUAACUUGCCAAAAUGCUCCGACUGAUGAAUCCAAUCUCGUUGAAAAUGUUUCACUGCAAAAGGGUCCUAGUGGUGAUGUGGUUGUAGAUAUUGAUCAAGAUUUUACAUUAAGUUCCCCAAAUUCCAUCUCUGCUGAUGGAUUGCAACAAAAUAUUGAUCAUAAUGUGGAAAAAGCUGACAUUGUUCAUCCUUCUAUGGAAAAAUAUUUGAAUUUGAAGAUGAGAUCCUUAAUAAUGCCUUGAAGAAGAACCU